UCGGGAGGAUGCUGCGUGUGCGUAGAGAUGGAGCGGGUCAGAAACUGUGUGCACUCAGAGAAAAUCUGCAUCCUGCCCAUCGUGGCGUGCCUGCUCAGCCUUGCCCUGUGCACCGCCGGACUAAAGUGGGUCUUUGUGGACAAGAUCUUUGAGUAUGAACCGCCCACGCACCUGGACCCAAAACGCAUCGGACAGGACCCCAUCGUUAUCUCAGCAGACCCCACACUAGGACUGUUCAACCCUCACGCCUCUCCCUCCCCCUCCUCUGUGACAUCUCCCCCAACCAUCACCACCCUCAGCCCCGCCGUUUUGCCAGAACAUCCCCCCGUCACGCCGGGACAUCCUGAUGUUUUCCUGGAAGAGAAAUCCACAUGGGGGCCGAAGGGUCCUCCUGAUCCCUCUCUGACCCUCAAGUACAAUGCUGAACGUCCCACCACCACCACUGAACAAACGCCCCACUACCCUCGGACAACACAGCAGAUCACAGAAAACGCCAUCCCAACCAUCUCUGCCACCAGCACCACCACUAAAGCCAAGACGUCGAGUCAUGUGACGCGCUGCACUGACCGCCAGAGGAACUACUGCGUUAACGGAGGAGAGUGCUUCACACUUGAAAUCAUGCCUGGCAGCACCAAGUUUCUGUGCAGGUGUCCAAAUGAGUUCACAGGUGAUCGCUGCCAAAACUAUGUAAUGGCCAGCAUUUACAAAGCUGAGGAGAUGUAUCAGAAACGUAUUUUAACGAUAUCUGGAAUCUGCAUUGCUCUCCUCGUCGUUGGGAUCAUGUGUGUGGUCGCCUACUACAAAACAAAGAAGCAGAGGAAGAAACUUCAGGAUCGUCUGAGGCAAAGUCUGAGGACGAAGAAGAAGAAAAAGAAACAGAUUAACAGCGGAGCCAAACAGCAGAACUCGGUCAGAGGACGACACGAGGCUAACAUCGGAAAUAUGCCUCUGCAGGAGCUUCAGCCUCAAUGUAACGGGACAGUCACACGGCACGCUGCUGAGAACGACACAGAAACAACCUUCACCAGUAAAAAUGCCUUCUCUGCUCAUGAUCACACCACAUUCACCAACGUCUCAAGCCAGAGGUUCGUGUCCGUCCUGACGUCUCCGACCAGGUGUUCCUCGGGGUCUAGGACAUCUCUACCAACUCCAGGUUCUCCUCCAUCUGAGAUGUCCGCCCCUCUUUCCAGCCUUGCCGUCUCUGUCCCUUCUGUGGCUUUAAGCCCCUCUGGAGAGGAGGAGCGCCCCCUGCUGCUGUUGAACAAACGUCGGGCACGAGAUGACCAGAAGAGGACGUCAGCCCACUACAACCACGGCCACAUGGCUCACAGUUUACCGCCCAGCCCGCUGUUACCUGUGGACAAAGGUGAGCAUGGAACAGCUGGCAGCCAGGUGUUCCCUUCGGAUGAUUUACAGGGGUCCAACACGCAGCAAGAGGAGGUGAAGUCCAGUUGUAACAGCGUGCUAACAGACGACGUUCAGGAGGACGAAAUGCCCUUCAUCACUACAAGAAGUCCACCUGCUUCGGACGGCGGCAGGACUAACCCAACAGCACCGCUCAGCAACCCGCACGGCGAGUCGGGUCAUCUGUGACCUGCCAGACAAGUCAAACAUGAACUGCAGGACGAGUCAUCGAGUCACUGAUGGCCCUGCAUGACAAGAAGUCAAGGAAAAGUCAUGGAGUUCCUCCAGGUUGAGAGUCUG